AUGAUUAAACAAAUAAUUCUCAUAUUAUUAGUUGUUUUUGUUAUUCAAGCCAAACAUUAACAUUUAAGACACAGCAAACAUCAACUGGGUCACAAUUUAACUAUGAAACCAGGCGAAUCCUGCCUACCUAACACUGAUUUGGGGGGAUAGAAAAAGGAGGAAACAUCGGCUAACCAAGCAAGAAAACAUUUAUCAAAAUUCGCUGAUCACUUGACAGAAGAGAAUAGAAAAGCCGAGGAUAAAUAACCAUUCCCUAACAUUUAUACAUAUUAAGAUUAAAAUUGUGUAGGAAACGGAUAGGAUCCAUCAAAAAGAGACAGAAGAAUGAGAAGAAGUUGA